AUGGACGAUGUGCGUCGUUUUGGAGGAUUGGAAAUCGUAAUGAAGUCUGAUGUGCAUUCCACAUGGGAGUAUACGACGUCGUUGCGUUGCGUGUUCCUUCCAUCACUCUGGAGAUUCACAGGCUCCCAAUUUUCAUUUGACCUAAUAAUCUAAAACCUCCCGCGGAAUUAUUCUGCUUAGCCGCUAUACUGUUUAGAAGACCAAUAUCAUCUCUCUCAGAUUUUCUGGAGUUUAAAGCCUUUAAUAAUGGAGGGGGUUGGAGGUGAUGGUCCCCCAAUAGCAGUAGCAGCUUUGAACCAGCGAAGGCAUGAAGUGUCGAAACUUUUACAGUACUAUUUAGAUAAAUCAACUCCCCAUACUCUUUAUCGAUGGAUUGGAACUUUAGCUGUAUUGUGUGUUUAUGCCCUGCGGGUUUACUACCUUCAAGGAUUCUACAUUGUUACCUAUGGUUUGGGGAUCUACAUUCUGAAUCUUCUCAUUGGAUUUUUGUCACCACUUGUUGACCCGGAGCUGGAGCCUACGGAUGAUGGCCCAGUGCUGCCCACAAAGGGCUCUGAUGAAUUCAAACCAUUCAUUCGACGCCUCCCUGAGUUCAAAUUCUGGUAUACCAUCACAAAGGCUUUCUGUAUAGCAGUAGUGAUGACCUUCGUUUCGAUGUUUGAUGUCCCGGUAUUCUGGCCUAUAUUGUUAUUCUACUGGCUCGUGCUCUUUGCCCUAACAAUGAGACGUCAAAUAUCACACAUGAUCAAAUACAAAUAUUUACCUUUCAACAUUGGGAAGCAGCAGACAUACAAAGGGAAAAAACCUGCUUCUAGUGUCAGCAGUCCCCGAGCAAACUGAACUUGACCUGGUUCAUAGAAUCGAGCCGAUUUAGAAGUGCAGCGGAAAUUUCAAGAGAAGGCAAAGGAGAUGACAAAGCAUAGCUAGAGCGUGAGGAUUGUAUUUACAUUGAGAUUUCGAGGAACACCUUACCCUACCCUACCCUGUUAGUGAAUUCUCCUUACAGUAGUAGAUUAGUUGCCUCUUGUUAUUUCGUUGUGGCAGCAAAACUAAGAAUAUCAUUGUUCGGAAAGGGAAGACUUCUUUUUCUGGGUGCAAGAAUUGAAUUAUAUUGUCUUUCUUAUAUUCAAGUUGAUUGAACUUGAUUUUUUGUUGUUA